AUGCCGGAUUUCAAGCUUUCGGCCCAGCUCAAGGGCCACGAGGGAGAUGUGCGCGCUGUCUGUUUCCCUAACGCUAACACCAUCAUAUCUUCGUCGCGCGACCAAACAGUCCGGCUCUGGCGGAAGACAACGAACAAGCCACCAACCUUCGAGCACAUCAUAACCAGUCAAGGCCAUGGCUACAUCAAUUCCGUUGCUUUCCUAAAGCCGAACAAGGCAUGGUCUCAAGGACUCAUUUUCUCGGCCGGCCACGAAGCUAUCAUCGAAGCAAAGCAGCCGAGCCUGACCGCAACCGACAAUGCCGACAGGCUCCUGAUUGGGCAUGGACACAACGUGUGCGCUCUUGAUGUGUCGCAGAGCGGUUCAUACCUGGUAUCAGGAAGCUGGGAUGGGAAAGCAAUCGUGUGGGGGACCGACAAGUGGCAGCCCGCUGUCUACCUCCUACAUGCCGGCGGAGAGGUCAGAAGUGUUUGGGCCGUGCUGUUCUAUGAUGAACAUACCGUUAUCACCGGUAGCGCAGACACACACAUCCGAAUCUUUGACCUCCGGAAAACCAACCACACCGGCGAGCUUGAACCUCAACGCACUCUAACCACCAAUUCAGUCGUGCGUGCGCUAUGUAAGCUCCCUACCGGCCUCAAAGGCCAUCCCAGUGGUGCCGACUUUGCCAGCGCCGGCAAUGACGGUGUGAUUGAGCUCUGGAAGUUGAACGGCACCAAGGUUGGCAUUUUGCAAGGCCAUGAAAGUUUCAUCUACUCUCUAGCAUGCUUGCCCACGAGCGAGAUCGUGAGUUCCGGAGAGGACAGAACAGUCCGUAUCUGGAGAGGUUCAGAGUGUAUCCAGACCAUUACACACCCUGCCAUCUCCGUUUGGACCGUGGCUGUAUGUCCGGAGAACGGCGAUAUUGUGUCUGGCGCUAGCGACAACGUUGUCCGUGUUUUCACCCGCAACCCUGACCGCAUUGCUUCUCCUGAGACAAUCGCCCAGUUCGAACAGUCAGUUCGCGAGUCCGCAAUACCCCAACAACAGUUUGGCCCUUCUAUCAAUAAGGAGAAGCUAGACCCUCCAACCUGGCUCCAACAGAACGCAGGCAGAAAGGAAGGUGAAGUGAAGAUGAUCCGCGAGGAGGAUGGGAGCAUCGGGGCAUAUCAAUGGUCCCUGAGUGAACAGCGUUGGAUCCAUGUUGGGACUGUUGUAGACUCGACAGCGAGUAGCGGUCGAAAAGUUGAGUAUAAUGGUAAAGAGUACGACUACGUUUUCGACGUCGAUAUCCAAGAGGGCGCUCCGCCUCUCAAAUUGCCGUACAACCUUUCUGAGAAUCCGUAUGACGCAGCCACCCGCUUCCUUCAGAAUAACGAGCUUCCAAUGUCUUAUCUCGACCAAGUUGGAAAGUUCAUUAUUGAAAAUACCAAAGGCGCGACUAUUGGGCAAACUUUUGAGGCAUCGUCAAACGCCUACACAUCUGACCAACCAACACAGUCAACACCCAAGUACUUGCCGCACACUGAGUACCUUACUCUCUCUCAAGCCAAGUGGGAGCCGGUUGCUAAGAAGAUCAGAAGUCUCAACGAGAAGCUUUUGCUUGCCGGUCAUAAGCACAUCGCAAUGAACCCCGAUGGAGUUAACCGUCUAGAGAAAGCCCUGCAAGCAACUAUGGGUGCCCAGGGCUCGAGGAUGAAGGCUCCUGCAGGUCUCCAGGAAGCGCAGCGGAGUGUUUCCAACAUCAUUACAAAUUGGCCUUAUGGUGACCGCCUGCCGGGUCUCGAUGCCCUUCGGUGCUUCGUCCUUUACCCAGGUGCCGCCUCCUUCAAAGAUAGCGUCUAUGGAAACCUGGUGGAGGUGGCACUGCGGGGUGCCUUGGUCUCCCAGGACCCAAUUACCGAGCGUGACAUGUCUCUGGAUGAGCUCAUCAGGACAUUUGACGCGGGUCUAAUCAAUGUCAAUAACGUGAUGAUGGCCUUGCGUACCGUGGUGAACCUCUUCUCCACGGAGGAAGGAAAGAGCCUCGUGGUGCCACAAGCCAGUUCUGUCAUUUACCUCCUUGCUCGUCUCACCGGCGUAGAAGGCCCUCAGGGAUAUAUUGGUCCUGAGAGCUCCCACCUUCAGAUCGCUUUGACCUCAGCUUCAUUCAAUUUUGCUUGCCAUGCUUUCAACAAACGCGAUGCCAUUGAUCUCGAGCAGCUUAUGCAACUGUGUCAGGUCGCCCAGGCGGUCAUUAAUUGCCAGAGUGAUGCGGAAGUACUCUUCCGUGCUCUGAUGACUAUCGGAAUGAUCCUCUCCAUCGGCGGGGACGCCCUGGAAAUUGCAAAAACCCUUGAGGUUGGGGAGACGGCUAAGCAAGCCGCUAAGAAGACGGAAGAUGCCAGAAUCAAGACACUGGCGCAAGAGUGCUUGAGGUACCUCAAGCAGUAG